AGUAUAAAAAUGCCGGUGUCUCUGCGCGGAAACUCCGAGAGGAGCAGAGGUCUGUAGAGGUAGAGACGUAGGCUUCAGAUCUUUUAGAAUUCUGCUGGAAGUCUCCAAGUCACGAGGAUCUACAAAGAAAUACUGAGUGGAGACUAUACUGAGAUUCUGUUAAAGACCCACUUGAAUUCAGCCCCCAUUAGGAGAAACUUUGGCCAGAGCAGCCAACACAUCACCUGGAAGUCUUCAGACUAGACUAUUGAAGAGUGGAUUGUGUACUGAGGGCUCCCAAGUGCUUCCAGAAGCCAAUAAAGGAUCACUUCAGUUUACUUCACGGCUAAGGAGUAACCCUUAGGAACCAUGGCCAAACGCCUGCAAGCAGAGUUGUCCUGUCCAGUUUGCCUGGAUUUUUUCUCCUCUUCCAUUUCUCUCUCUUGUUCACACGUGUUCUGCUUUGAUUGCAUCCAGAGGCAUAUGCUAGAAAACCGUGAUUUUAGAGCGAUGUGCCCCUUGUGUCGAGACGUGGUGAAGGUACCUGCUUUGGAAGAAUGGCAAGUGAGCGUCCUAACACUUAUGAUCAAGCAGCACAAUAACCAAUUUGAGCAAAGUCUGCACGUGAGGGAGGAGCACCGGCAUUUUCGGGAGGAUGUGACCCUGGAUGCAGCCACUGCCAGCUCCCUCCUUGUCUUCUCCAAUGAUCUAAGGAGCGCUCAGUGUGAGAAGAUCCACCACGAUCUGACAAAAUAUCCCAGGCUGACCUGUGUCCUGGGUACUCCCUGCUUCUCCUCCGGCCAACAUUACUGGGAGGUUGAAGUGGGAGAGGUGAAGUCAUGGUCCCUGGGCGUCUGCAAGGAGUCGGCUGACAGAAAGAGCAAUGAUUUAUUCCCUGAGCAUGGCUUCUGGAUCAGCAUGAAGGCAGGAGCAAUCCAUGCUAACACCGACCUGGAGAGAAUUCCUGCAAGCCCUCGCCUUCGCCGUGUGGGAAUUUUCCUGGAUUUUGACUUAGAAGAAAUCCAGUUUUUUGAUGUUGACAAUAAUGUCCUCAUCUAUACACAUGAUGAUUUCUUCUCUUUGGAGCUUUUGCGUCCAUUCUUCUGUCUUGAGCUCUUGGGAGAAGGGGAGAGUGGCAACGUCCUGACCAUCUGCCCAUGAGAAAAUCAGCCCUUCCUAGAAGCUUUCUAAGAGGUGAAAGAGAAUUUUGGCCUGAGAAAGGUCAGCAUGAUUGAGGAAGAGAUAAUGUGCUAUAGUGCAAAGACUUGGUAAAUUUUUAAAGUAGAUUUUGUAGACUUUGUAGCAAAACAAUUUUCGGAUUUUUGGGGUAAAUUUUGUGGAAUUUGUAGCUAGGUAACUGGGGUCUUUAGGGAUGUUAUUAAGUACUGUAAGCUUCAGUUUUCUAGUCUGUAGAUGUGGAUAAUUGUAUCUCAGUCAAACAGCUGUGGUAAUUAGAGACAAUACUAUGCCUUUGUCUUAUAGUAAAUAACAAAUAGAGAAAUCUUAGAUUGUAAGUAAGCUAGAUAUUAGGUUUUGUGGAUAGACAAUAUCUUUUUCAUUAUUUCAAGCUGUUUUGUGUAAUUCCUGAUAAUGUCUGAGGAGGAAGAAAAAUUAAACAGCCGGUUUGAGUUAUUUUGUUGAUACAGCAUGAAAUUUCAGAGAGACAAACUGAUAUUGGGGAAGAACUAAGUUUUUCAUUUUUAUUUUCUUUGAAACACAGCCACAUAAGUUUUCUCGAAAGACAAAGAACUUUGACCAAAAUGCAUUGUUAAUGGUGAUUCAUAUCCUUAUGGGAAGUGUCAUCUACCCAUCUCAAUAAUUGGACUAUUGUGAUUUAUAAGAAUUCUUAUCAACCAUGUUAACUAACACAUAUUCAUCAAAAAUUGUUUUCAAGGUUGCUUUUGGAUUUUUUAUUUGUAGAAUUUAUUUUCUUGCAAAUAAAUUUAUAAAGCAUUGGAUGUGUUCAUGUUUAUGCUGUUUGGUCCGUCUCUCACAUACAGUCUGAAGUUGGUACCCCUCUUCCUCCACCAAAGCUACAUGGUCCCAGACUGUGAUUUCCAAUAUGUCAUCCUUAUACACUCAUGAUGGCUCCUUUUCGAAAUAUUCAGGUCUCUUAGGGUUGUAUUUUUUCUGAUUUACUGAGUCAGCCACUUCUGAGAUUACAACUGCCCCAAAAGGGCUGGGGUCUGAGCAUGUUCUGGAAUCUGCCUUUGACUUCCUUUCUAGAGAGACCCAGAAUUGUCAUUUCCCUUCUCUUUCCAACUUCACUGGGAGUAGGGAGAUAGCCAUUUUCCGCUCCUUAUUCUCUUUUGAUCUCUACAACUUUAUUUCAGGGGACUCAUUGCCCUUCCCUAACACUGGGCAAAAUUUCAGGACACAAAAUAAAUGUACAAAAAUCACUAGCAUUCUUAUAUACCAACAAGAGUCAAGCUGACAGCCAAAUCAGGAAUGAACUCCCAUUCACAAUUGCCACAAAAAGAAUAAAAUACCUAGGAAUGUAGCUAACUAAGGGAGGUGAAAGAUCUCUACGAGAACUAUAAACCACUGUUCAAAGAAAUCAGAGAUGACACAAACAAAUGGAGAAACAUUCCAUGGUCAUUAAAAGGAAGAAUCGAUAUUGUUAAAAUAGCCAUACUGUCCAAAGCAAUUUAUAGAUUCAAUGCUAUUCCUAUUAAACUACCAUUGAGACUCCUCACAGGACUAGACAAAACUAUUUUGAAAUCCAUAUGGAACCAAAAAAGAACCUGAAUAGCCAAGGCUAUUUUUUAGCCAAAGCUAAGCAAAAGGAACAAAGCUGGAGACAUCACAAGGCUACAGUAGUAUAGUUUGUAUCAAUACCAAAACAGCAUGGUACUGGUACAAAAACAGACAUAUAGACCAAUGGAACAGAUUAGAAAACCCAGAAACAAGACCACAUACCCACAACUAUUUGAUCUUUGACAAACCUGACAAAAGCAAGCAAUGGAGAAAGGAUUCCUUUUUCAAUAAAUAGUGCUGGGAUAACCGGCUAGCCAUAUGCAGAAGAUUGAAACCAGACCCAUUCCUUACACCACAUACAAAAAUCAACUCAAGAUAGAUGAAAGAUUUAAAUGUAAAACCCCAAACCAUAAAAACCCUGGAAGACAACCUAGGCAACACCAUUCAGGACAUAGGCAUGGGCAAAGAGUUCAUGACAAAGAUGGCAAUUGCAGCAAAAGCAAAAAUGGACAAAUGGGAUCAAAUUAAACUAAAGAACUUCUGCACAGCAAAAGAAACUAUCAACAGAGUGAACAGGCAACCUAAAGAAUGACAGCAAAAUUUUGCAAACUAUGCAUGUGACAAAGGUCUAAUAUCCAGCAUCUAUAAGGAACUUAAGUGUACAAGAAAAAAACCAAACAACCUCAUUAAAAAGUGGCAAAGGACACUAACAGAAGUUUUUCUAAAGAACACAUGUGGCCAACAAGCAUAAGAAAAUAAGCUCAACAUCAAUGAUUAUUAGAGAAAUGCAAAUCAAAACCGCAAUGACAUACCAUCUCAUACCAGUCAGAAUGGCUAUAACUAAAACAUCAAAAAGUAACAGAUGCUGGUGAGGUUGUGAAGAAAAAGGAAUACUUAUAUACUAUUUAUGGGGGUGUAAAUUAGUUCAACCAUUGUGGAAGCCAAUGUGGUGAUUCCCCAAAGACAUAAAGACAGAAAUACAUUACAC